UGCACAUUUGAGGAGGUCAACCUAUCCACCCCCAAAAGACCAGUCUUGCAAAUACGAGGCUUUGUUCUACAUGUGGGGUUCGCCUGUUGGCAACGAUGCCAUCUACUGCGAAGGGCAGACCAUCUUUGUGACGGAGAACUGUCGCGUAGCCUUGCGAAGGCUGAGAAAGAAAAACUAUAGUCGGACGCUCUGGGUCGAUGCGGCAUGUAUCGAUCAGAAUCCUUUCGAAGAGCGAAACCACCGGAUCCGAUUCAUGGGCGAUGUGUACAGGCAAGCGCGUCAGGUGCGAGUAUGGCUCGGCGAAGACGAGCAUUCUGCGAUCAAGUUACGAUUGACACGGUGGCUUGGGUUUUUGGAACGAGAAGUCCUAGGCAUGACCGCAAUGAUAAGAUUCUUCGACCACAGUCCAUGGUUCUCUCGAGCUUGGAUACUUCAAGAGACUAUACUAGCACGGCAAAAAUAAAGGAGGAAGUCUACUUAGAAGUUCUUAUAAUAAUAUUCUUAAUACAAUAUAAACUAUAAAGCCUGUACUACAAGUAAGUGUUAUUUAGAGAAAUCUACUCAAUCUAAACUCUUACUGGUGCAUAUCGGUAUGGCUUCUUCCUCUUUAUCUUAGUUGGGAUAGUCUUCUACCCUAGAGUUGCCAGUUCCUUCUUUAAAAAGUCCCAAGGCCUUCCGCCAAAUCUUGUGUUCAGCCAAUACA